AUGAGCUACCUUGCUUAUUCUAGUAUCUCCAUAGGAAUUGACUUUUUCUCAAAUGUUUUCUCCUUCCAAUAUGAAGAAGUUCUUUUUCAGACCUCACCACGAGGUGUGUUCCUGUCAACGUCAAUCAUAAUCGCCUUCAAUCUCGAUUAUCUCACCAAAAUCGAUCGAAUUUAUCGAGUACAAUGUUUCUAUAUGGAAAUGGAACGACGUCUCGAGAAAGAAGUUCUCGUCAAAAUGCCACCACCAACGCUGCAUACCAAGCAGGUGCCAAUGCCGGUCUGUAAAUAUGAGGUUCUGGAUGGUUCACCUGUUGGAAAGCCGGUCUAUUACGCAACAGUCGGACAAAUGGUCUAUCAUAAAUGGACCUGCGACGCUGAACAGUCGGAUACGUUCUGCAUGAUUGUGCACUCGUGCUUUGUCGACGACGGUAAUGGAGAACGAGUCCAACUCAUCAACGAAAAAGGUUGUGCCCUGGACAAGUACCUGUUGACGAAUUUGGAGUAUCCGGAGGAUCUCAUGGCUGGACGAGAGGCUCAUGUCUACAAAUAUGCAGAUCGGGACAAUAUGUAUUUCGAUUGCCAGAUUACACUACGAAUCAAGGAACCCGGACUGGAGUACUGUGAGGUGCCGACAUGUCCCGAUCCGCCACGUCGCCGUCGAUCACAUCAAACACUACCUGCCAUUACAACAAGCGAGGAACUAAAAAGUAUCACGAGACUUGUUGUUACGUAA